AAAUUUAAAAAGAAAAAAUCACAAGCAGCAUGGGUCCCGACAUUGACUUCACCGACACUCCCGUUAGCACUGGCACAACUAUUAUGGCUGUGGAGUUCGAUGGCGGCGUUGUGAUCGGUGCAGACUCUCGCACCAGCUCGGGCGCAUAUGUUGCAAAUCGAGUGACCGACAAAUUGACUCAAAUCUCGGAAAAUAUAUACUGCUGCCGCAGCGGCUCUGCAGCUGAUACCCAGGCCAUAGCCGACAUUGUGGCCUACUCAUUGAACUACCACAGGAAUCAAACCAACAAGGAACCGCUUGUAUGUGAGGCGGCAUCAGAGUUUCGCAACUAUUGCUAUAACUACCGUGAUUCCCUGUUAGCUGGCAUCAUUGUUGCCGGCUGGGAUGAGGAGCGUGGUGGUCAGGUGUACAGCGUGCCACUUGGUGGCAUGUUGACACGUGAGGGUUGCACCAUAGGCGGCUCGGGCUCCAGCUACAUCUACGGUUUUGUUAAAGAGCAUUAUCGGCCUGGCAUGCCAAUGGAUGAGUGUAUCGACUUUGUCAAGAAAGCUGUGCAACAUGCCAUCUACCAUGAUGGCAGCUCCGGCGGCGUCGUGCGUAUCGGAAUUAUCACCAAGAAUGGCAUGGAGCGUCGUUUGUUCUACAACACAGUGACUGGGGAGUCUACAAUUGAAGGCUCGCAAAGCUUUAUAAACUAAAUGGAAUGGAUUCUAAAUUCUGAUUAGAUUACUCUUGUGGAGAAUAUAAUAAUUUGGUUUCUUAAAAAGA